GGUUACGCGGGAGUGCCGUGGUUCGCUCCCCUAGUUGUAAUUUAAACGAUCUCUAGGGAGCGGCUGGCGGAACUUUGCGCCCGCAGAGGCAAUUUAGCAAGUGCAGCAUUUUCGAAGACGAGGAGUAUCGGUCACAUGGCAGAUCUCAUGCAGGUGGAACUCCCCAGCAAUUCUACCCAUAAAACAUGCCCUAGAGAAACUCUUGCAAAGGUGCCUCAGGAGACACGUGCAAGAAUGUAGGAGCUCUGGAGAUUGAUUACACGACAACGUGAAGGUACUUAACACUACUGAACUAUACACUUAAAAAAGGCUCACCCCCACCCAGUGUCACCAGCCUGGCGCCUCUGUGAGAAAGUCCCACUGUAAGAGGCCCUGGGGCAUUAUCAUUUCCUUCUUUCACCCUGUCUGGGUUGCCAGCAAAUCCCCAGGGCUCUCUGAGCCUGGAGUGUUGGAUUAGGUCCCUCCAGCUGCUGGAAAGAUGAACUCCUGCAUCAUCGUAAUGAGGCUCCUGCUGUCUGGGCCUUUUCUCUUUGCCCCCGCCUCAGGCUACAACCUGGAAGUGCGGCACGUGCAAAACUUCUCCUUCCCACUCGCCGGGAGGCAUUUUGGGUACCGCGUCCUGCAGGUUGGAGACCGGGUUAUCGUGGGAGCUCCAGGUGAGGGGAACAGCACGGGAAACCUCUAUCAGUGCCAGCCAGACACUGGCCACUGCCUUCCAGUCAGCCUGAGUGGUUCCAACUAUACCUCCAAGUACUUGGGGAUGACCUUGGCGACAGACUCCACAAGUGGAAAUCUUUUGGCCUGUGAUCCUGGGCUGUCUCGGGUGUGUGACCAGAAUGUCUACCUGAGUGGCCUGUGUUACCUUUUCCGCCAGAAUCUGAGGGGUCCUGUGCUGCAAGGGCGCCCUGGUUAUCAGGAAUGUAUAAAGGGCAACGUGGACUUGGUAUUUCUGUUUGAUGGUUCAAUGAGCUUGCAGCCAGAUGAAUUUCAGAAAAUUCUGGACUUCAUGAAGGAUGUGAUGAAGAAGCUCAGCAACUCUUCCUACCAGUUUGCUGCUGUUCAGUUUUCCACGGACUGCAAAACAGAAUUUAAUUUCUUGAAAUAUGUUAAGGUGAAGAACCCUGAUGUUCUGCUGGGCAAAGUAGAACACAUGCGCCAGUUGACCAACACUUUUGGUGCCAUCAACUAUGUUGCGACAGAGGUGUUCCGGCAAGACCUGGGGGCCCGGCCAGAUGCCACCAAAGUGCUUAUCAUCAUCACUGACGGGGAAGCCACGGACCACCACAACAUUGACUCAGCCAAAGACAUCAUCCGCUACAUCAUUGGGAUUGGAAAGCAUUUUGCAACCAAGGAAAGUCAGGAAAGGCUCCACGAAUUUGCCUCAAAACCCGCGAAGGAUUUUGUCAAGAUUCUGGACAAGUUUGAGAAGCUUAAAGAUCUGUUCACUGAGCUGCAAAAGAAGAUCUAUGUCAUUGAGGGCACAAGCAAACAGGACCUGACAUCCUUCAACAUGGAGCUGUCCUCCAGUGGGAUCAGCGCUGACCUCAGCCACGGCCAUGGCGUCGUGGGGGCAGUCGGAGCCAAGGACUGGGCUGGGGGCUUUCUAGACCUGGAGGCAGACCUGCAGGAUGAUAGAUUUGUUGGGAAUGAACCACUGACACCAGAAGCGAGAGCAGGAUAUUUGGGUUACACAGUGACCUUGCUGCCCUCCCAAAGGCUCACUUCCCUGCUGGCCGCUGGAGCCCCCCGACACCAGCAUGUGGGGCGGGUGCUGCUGUUCCAGAAGUCAAAGGAAAGAGGACACUGGAACCAAAUCCAGAAGAUAGACGGGAGCCAGAUUGGCUCUUACUUCGGUGGCGAGCUGUGUGGCAUUGACAUGGACCAAGAUGGGGAGACAGAGCUGCUGCUGAUCGGAGCCCCCUUGUUCUAUGGGGAGCAGAGAGGAGGCCGGGUGUUUAUCUACCAGAAAAAACAGCUGGGGUUCGAAGUGGUCUCAGAGCUGCAGGGGGACCCUGGCUACCCGCUUGGGCGAUUCGGAGCAGCCAUCGCGGCCCUGACGGACAUCAAUGGGGAUGGGCUGGCGGACGUGGCGGUGGGGGCCCCUCUGGAGGAGCAGGGGGCUGUGUACGUCUUCAACGGGCAGUACAGGGGGCUGAGCCCCUGGCCGAGCCAGCGGAUUGAAGGGACGCAGGUGUUCUCAGGAAUUCAGUGGUUUGGACGCUCCAUCCACGGGGUGAAAGACCUCGGAGGAGACGGCCUGACAGAUGUGGCUGUGGGAGCUGAGGGGCAGGUGAUCGUGCUCAGCGCCCGGCCUGUGGUGGACAUCCUCACUCAGAUAUCCUUCUCUCCGGCGGAGAUCCCAGUGCAUGAAGUGGAAUGCUCCUAUUCAACCAGUAACAAGAAGAAAGAAGGAGUUAACAUCACAGUGUGUUUCCAGGUCAAGCCUCUCACCCUCCAAUUUCAAGGGCUCCUGGUUGCCAACCUCACUUACACUCUGCAGCUGGAUGGCCAUCGGACCAGAAGCCGGGGGCUGUUCCCAGGAGGGAGACAUGAACUCAGCGGGAACACAGCGGUCACUGGAGACCCGUCCUGCACCAAGUUCUGGUUCCACUUCCCGGUAUGCAUUCAAGACCUCAUCUCUCCCAUCAACGUCUCCCUAAAUUUCUCUCUCUGGGAGGAAGAAGGGACACCGAGGCACCAACAUGCGCAGGGCAAGGACAUACAGCCCAUCCUGAGACCCUCACCACACGCAGAGGCCAAGGAGAUCCCUUUUGAGAAGAACUGCGGGGAGGACAAGAAGUGUGAGGCAGACCUGGGGCUCUCGUUCUCCUCUGCAGGAUCCAGUGUCCUGCGUCUGACCCCCUCUGCCACCUUCUCUGUGGAGCUGAUACUGAAUAACUUGGAAGAAGACGCAUAUUGGGUCCACCUCCACCUGAGCUUCCCCCAGGGACUCUCCUUCCGCAAAGUGGAGAUGCGCAAGCCCCACAGCCAGAUACCUGUGAGCUGCGAGGAGCUUCCCGAGGUAUCUGAGCUUCUGACCAGGAUCCUCUCUUGCAACGUGAGCUCUCCCAUCUUCAGAGCAAGCAGCUCGGUUGUCAUCCAGGUGAUGUUUCAUACGCUGCUGAACAGCUCCUGGGGGGACUUUGUCAAGCUGCACGCCAAUGUGAGCUGUGACAAUGAGGACUCAGACGUCUUGGGGAACAACUUGGCCGCCACCAGCAUCCCCGUCCUGUACCCCAUCAACAUCCUCACUGAGGACAAGGAAAACUCCACACUGUAUGUCAGCUUCACCCCCAAGGGUCCCAAGAGCCACCUUGUCAAACACUUCUACCAGGUGAGGAUUCAGCCUUCUGUCUAUGACUACAACAUGCCUGCCCUGGAGGCCUUGGUUGGAGUGCCGGGGCCUCACAACGAGGGGCCCAUCACACACAAGUGGAGUGUGCAGAUGGAGCCUGCUGUGACCUGCCGUCGUGAGGAUCUCGAGAGGCUGCCCAGUGUGGCUGAGCCUUGUUUGCCCAGAGCCAAGUUCCACUGCCCACUUGUCUUCAAGGAGGAGAUCCUCGUCCAAGUGACCGGGACUGUGGAGCUGGUGGGAGAGAUCAAGGCCCCCUCCAUGUUCAGCCUCUGCAGCUCCCUCUCCAUCUCCUUCAACAGCAGCAAGCAUUUCCACCUCUACGGCAGCAAUGCCUCCCUGGCCCAGGUCAUCAUGAAAGUUGACAUCGUCUACGAGAAGGAAAUGCUCCACGUGUACGUGCUGAGCGGCAUCGGGGGGCUCUUGCUGCUGCUCGUGAUUUUCGCUGUCCUCUACAAGUUUGGCUUCUUCAAACGGAACCUGAAGGAGAAGAUGGAGGCUACUGCAGAAGCUUCCAAUGGAAUCCCUAGAGAAGACUCUGAGAAGCCAGUGUCCGAGGAAGAGACUGGGGACCCGGGCUGCCUAGAACCCCUCCACAAGGAGGAGGCCCAGGAUGGGGACGGCAAAGACUGAGGCCCCAGCCUGACGCAGAGGGCCCACGACUGGACUCGGGAUGCCGGCUGGCCCUCGGCCUCUACCUAUGUCUCGCUGUGUGUCUUCGGGCAAGUCACUGCCCCCACCUGGGCCUCCGUGUUGCUGUCUGGAACAUGGCGCUCACUCCUGCCUGCCUGCUCUGCGGGCUCAUGGUGAGGGCCCCUAAGGGAUGGGCGGGCAGGCCACAGAGGGGAGGCCUUGUCAUGGUCAGCUGGCUCUGGCUGGCCCCAGUCCUUCUUAGUAUCCUCCCCUGGAAGACAGUAUGUGCUCUAAAUCUGGAAAAACUGUCAUCUCAGGACCUAGUGACUCUCCCGGCCCUCACACCCACCUGCCCUUGGAUGUCCCCAGAGGCCUCAGACUCCCAGAACCUUGCCCUUCACUCUCUCCUGCCCGGAGUCCUGUCAGCUUUCCGUGUGCUGCCGGAGAGCAAACCUGAUCCGUGUCACUACUUUGCUCUGGGGCUGGAGACCAAGUUCCUGAGCAUGCCUUCCAGAAUCUGCAGAAUAUCCUUAACAUGCCAGUGCAAAUUCGGGCCUCUGUUGCCUUCCUGGCCUCCUCCAGAGACUCCCCACCUCCCUUCCUGAGCUCCAGUUACACCAGCCUUCCUCACGAGCCAAGCUCCUUCCUGUCUCACUGCCUUCACCCAGACUGCUCCCUCUGCCUGGAACAUUCCUGCACUCUCCUUCAUUGCGUGGAUCAUGUUCGCUACUUAAUGCUCAUCUCUCAAAUCCAGCCAUGGACUCCAUGGGGGUAGGGACCGUACCAGUCAUGUUCACCUUGGUAACAUCACAGAGCCAGGCACACAAUUUUACCGAACUAGGGAGGGUGCCAGCGGGAAGAUGGAGAAAACGUUUGGGUGGGCCCAUGGCAUCUCCACCCUUCAAGGCUCGGUCUUUCCCUGGGCUCUGGCGUCCUUGCUCCACAGCCCCCAAGGGGACGCCCCACGCCCCACCGUGGCCCCCACCGGGAGGCUGUGAGCUCAAGGCACCCGCCAUGUCUGUCCACCCGGCUCCUGGCACCAAACACAGUGCCUGCCAAUGUUUACCCAAUAAAUGUGAAAAUCCGUCCA